AUUCGGUGUCUUUCUUUGAAUCUGUUUACAUCGGUCGAGUUGCAAGUUGAAUAUCGCUCGUUGAAAGUUAUUUAAGCGUUGUGGUUAUCAGAGAGUAGGUUUGGAUAUAUUUUACGUGGAGCGUGGUCUCCGUAGUAUGAGGAAAUAGAAGGUGAUGUCCAGUGCGAUGGCGGUUCCUUCGAGCGGAAGACCGCGUUUAUCGGGUUCAGUCCAGCAAAUCAGACUUCGCUCCUCAGUUUUCGACCUAUCGAACCAAAGGAAGUCAACUCUUGGUUUCGAAGGAGCCACUAAUAGUGAAUUUGCAGAAUUCCUUCUCCAUUUACCAACGGAGGGAACAUUGCGAUCUCCAAGAGUUGUGGAGACAGAUGUACAUUUGGAUGAUAAUUUAUCGAAUCCGAAGUACCCUCUGCUUUCCUUUACGCCGGUAGUGACAUCUAAGCGCAGUUCGACACCAUUUUCUUCGGCUGAGAGAGGGAGAAUUGAACUAGACCAUUCCUUGAGCGCCUUUAGUGAAAGCUCAAAUGUUGUCACUGGUACAAGCUCUCUAACAUGUAUGAAGGAAAACAACUCAGUUACUAGUAUAGACUGGAUUCAAUCAUUGAAGUGCUUUGCAGUGGACAAGAAGAAAGUGAAUGUAGUGACAGAACACAUGGCAGAGGGUGCUACACCACGUUUGUGGAGAACACACAUGGGCUGAGUCAGCUUCCAAGCAUGG